CGUCAGCCCUGUCCAUCUUACAUCGCUGGCGAUGGCGCCUGGAGCCACGACUGUGAUUGGCUACGAUCAGGCGCGAAAUGUAACGCGGGAAAAAAAGAAGAGAAGGACCGAGCGGCCGCCGCCUCCUGUCUGAUGAUCCCGUGGCUGUGCGGUCAGUGACAGUGCUACCGGGCCUACUUUGUCGGAUGGGGUGUAUAUCGCCAGAGAAGAAGGCGCGCUUUCCUCCCCGGUGUCACUCAGAAUGAUGUCUGACGUGUACCCGUCUCCUGCCCUCCGCUCUUCUCCUUCAUCUCACGACUCGUCUCCUCCCCGGCCGGUACUGGUGUCUGUCAUCAAGGCGGUGUCCCCCACCACCUCCGCCCACACUCCCAUCAAACCCCGCCGGACGCCCUUCUCUGCCACCCCGCUCAGCCCUGUGCCCACCAGCCCCGGCUUCAGCGAUUUCAUGGUGUACCCCUGGAGGUGGGGGGAGAACGCACACAACGUCACCCUCAGCCCUGGAACCCCGGCCAGGCAUCCUAUGCCCCCAGCAGAGCCUGGUCAAACUGCCCGGGAACCCGUCCUUGAGGUCCUCAGCCCCGGCCUGAACAGCAGCAGCAGCGGAGGAGAGGAAGGAUCCCUGAGGGAUGGUAUCCGACGUGGCCGUCCAAGAGCAGAAACGGUUCGAGACUUAAUAAGUGAGGGUGAACACUCUUCAAGCAGGAUUCGGUGUAAUAUAUGCAACAGAGUGUUUCCUCGGGAGAAGUCUUUACAAGCUCAUAAAAGAACACAUACAGGAGAGAGGCCUUACCUUUGUGACUAUCCUGAAUGUGGGAAAGCCUUUGUACAGAGUGGACAACUAAAAACACACCAGCGCCUUCACACCGGAGAGAAGCCAUUUGUUUGCUCAGAAAAUGGUUGUUUGAGCCGUUUUACACAUGCAAACCGACACUGCCCCAAGCAUCCAUAUGCAAGACUGAAAAGAGAAGAACCAAACAGUAAAAACGGCAAAAUGCAAGCUGCUGAUAAAGAUACAGCAGAAUGGUUGGCAAAACACUGGGAAAGACAAGAGCAGUUGCCUCCAACAUUAAAGAUGAAACCUCUUCAGAAGGCAGACCAAGAGCAACAAGACCCACUAGAAUAUCUUCAGUCUGAUGAAGAUGAGGAAGAUGAAAAAAAUGGGCCUCAUUCUGCUGCUCGACGCCGUCUCCAGGAGCAACGAGAGCGUAUGCAUGGCGCUCUGGCUCUUAUUGAGCUAGCUAACAUAGCUAGUGCACAGUUGCGCCAGUAACCCUAUUGACAUGUACGAAAGUCUUUUCCCUUGCAGUAUAUUGGACCUUAUUUCAGUUUCAGUGGCAAAAUCCUCUGAUAGUAGAAAAAGGUUACAAGAUACGCUAUGGGUUAUAAGCUAAGCACCUUAUUUGCUUGAUAUAGGCUGCUAUCCUGUAGAAUUUCUAUGAAGAAUGUUGCUGCUUCCUAAUGUAGGAAGCGUGAGAGUUUUGCACUUUUUAUGGUAAAGAUAGUUGUAAAGUGUUUUAUAUAAAAUAUUUGUAAAUAUGGAUUUGGAAAAGGUAUAGUUUUUACAUCUGUUUGAAAUAUUGGGUUUUACAAGCUUAACGUUGCUUUCCAGAGGCAGUUGUAUGGUGCCAGUACCAAGAAAUUGGUAAUCACAAUUAUUCAUGUAAUUUAUUUCUGUAGGCAAAAUAUAUUGCGUCUGUAAACACAAGUUACAAUGACACAUCACAAUGGCAUGAUUGUUGAAGUGGAAUGAAAAGUUAAGCUUGUAAAAUGAAGGCUUCCAAUGAAAUGGAUGUUACGAUGCAAGACAGCACUUGUUUAAAGGGGGGAGGAUGUUUUAUUGGUGGUAUUGUGUUUUUUAUAGUAAACUAUUUUUAGAAUAUCUGCAAACACUAAUUUUUAAUAUCCAGCUUUUAGGAUUUUUAAAUAUAUAUAUUUUUUGCGAACUGCCAGGCUGUGUUAACGUUUGCAAACUGCCUAAAAGCCACUUUUAUUGCUUGAACAUGCCAGUCUUCUAUAAAAUGACUCAACUAUUGGCUAGUGUUCUCAGAAGAAAGCACUUAUGUUAGAUAAAAAGUUGGCUUAAAAAUAGUGUAUGUAGCCACUGGAUGAGUGUUCUAUGUAUACAUUGAAAGCUGACAGUGCUCUUAAAUUCCUGUUUAACUUUUUUUUAUUUUUAUUUUUUCCUGAGGCAUUGUCCUUUAGACUUGAUGAGAACUCUUCACAAUAAUUGCUCUUGGUAUUGGACAUUUUAUAAGGCUGCACAAUUGCUAGGAAGCCGGUACUUUUUUUUUUUUGGUCCUGGCAGUUAGAUUAGGCCAGUUUAUCUCCUUAAUUAUGCAUUAAUUUGUUAAUGUUUUGUUUUUUAUCAAAAACUUGAUCCCAUUUUCCCUGGUAUGGACUAGGGCAAAAGCUUUAUAAGUGGUCUCUUACAUUUAUUCUGUUACAAUUGAUCUGAAGUGUAAACAUUUGCCUUAUUCAGCAAAGCAAACGCAUAACUGGCACUCUGGGGUGCCUGCCAUCUUCAGUUUAAGCACUUCUGGUAUCAGCAGUGCCUGGUACUUUGAUAAGCAGAUUCUACUUGAGGUGGGGGUCCUUUCACAGGGACAUGCUCUGUUUUGAUAGGUUGGCUCUAUGGGCAGACAGAUGAAAACGAAUGGUGGUAGAUAAAUGUAAACGUCCAUUUAUAUCCCGCCCAUAGUUAAAUGAAAUUUGAAAAGCCUGUGUGAGGAUCCUUUGGGUGUACCUCAUUCGCUCAAUGUUUGGCAGUGUACUAUGCUGCCUGACAUUGCAGUGUGAUUCAGGCUGGUGUGCUGCAUUUUAUUGCUGCAGUGCUAGGCUGCGUUGCAUUGUGAAUGAGAAACAAUUGUUUCCUGUGUAUCCAUGCGGUGACAGACGUUUUUAUCUUGUGGUAAAACGUCUGUCGUCAUACAUGGUGUGAAUUGGCCCUUAGGUAGAGGGCCAGGCUUUGCCACCUGAGCCUCCCGAUUGGCUCCUUACUAAGGUGGGUAUCUUUUAUUGACCAAUAAUGAGGCCAGGCAUGCCCACAGGAAUAUCUGCAUAUCUUGAAUAAAAAGCAGACUUGGCAUGUUUGCAGUGUUCAUACUUUUAGUGCUGUAUUAUGCAAGUAUUCUACACUUUCAUUUAUGGGUUGAUGCACAUUUUUACAUUUAUUAUGAUUAAAUGUAUUGGUGUGUUAAAAUAACAUCUAAAAUGCCUAAGGGGUGUUUUUUUUUUUUUUUUUUUUUUUUUGUAUCUCAUCAAGCUAAGGAAGACUGAGAAACCUUUUUUAUAUGCACUUAUUUCCAAAAAGGGAGUCAUAAUUAAUUUGAUGCGUUAAAACUGCUUUUUGUUCUAAAAAUGUGGUUUAAGUGUCAUCGUGCUUAUAGCUAAGUUAGUAGUUUGGCAUGAAUUUUUAGCAUAAAAGUGUACUCCGCUUUUGAAUAAAUCCUUUCUAAUUUAA